AUGCCAGUGCCAGCUGGGCUGGGGACAGGAGCCCCCCUGCUCCCCUGGCUGCUGCUGCUGCUGCUGCUCUCCCACCUAGCCUGUCCAGCCAUCCUGGAGGUGAAUGGAAACCUGAACUGCAGGUGCCUAAAGACAACUUCAAACUACCUGAGUCCCAAGCGGUACGAGAGCAUUGAGAUCAGGCCUGUGGGCAGCACCUGCAGGCGCACAGAGAUCAUAAUUAAAUUACACCCCUCGGGGAAGGUGUGUGUGAAUCCUGAUGCCCCUUGGGUAAAGAAACUGCUGAAGCGUAUUGCUGUCACGUAA